AUGGAUAUGUACGACGCCAACCCCCGCAGCCACGACUUCAGAACCCAGGAUCCCGACGAGAUCAUGACACCUGCAUUUCUGCACCACCAAGUGACCCAGGAACGCGGCGUUGACAAAACUAUCCCUCUCGGCCUGUACAGUGAUGGGACUCCUGUCUAUAAAACUGGUUCUGUGCUCGCUGGCACCAUGAACGUCACGUGGCAACGCUCUCGGCAUGUCCUGUGGCUCCUGCUGAAGAAGCAGAUGUGUAAAUGCGGGUGUAAUGGCAGGACAGGCGACGCGCUGGUGUGCAACGAGGUUGUGCCGCACCUCCAUGCACUCGAGGCUUCUGGUGGGAGUAUGAGAGCACGGCUGCGCACCUGGUAUUCGAAGCAGCACCGGUUGUACCCACACGAGUUGCAGUCCAAGCUCUGGGUGCGCAAGCUGCGCGGGUGGAUGCUCGUCGACGGGAGCGCCGCCGCGGCGCGGUCGUGGGCGUGCGGCAACCGCAUGUCGGCGGGCAACGAGGCGUGCUACCGCAUGCUGGGCUCGCCAGACCCGGACACGUUCAUCGAGAACCUUGGCGGCGACCCCGCGGUCAGCAUGAGCCUCGACUACGGCGUUUGGAUGGCCGGCAUUUUGGACGUUGUCGAGCACAAGAUGAAGGGGCGCGACACGGAGAGCUUGUUGCCGGACCCGAGCGCCUGGAUCAAUGCGUGCGUCGAGGAGGUGCGAACUGCGCCCGCCCGGGAGCUCCCGCGCGGCGCCUCGCCGUUGCAGAAGCUCACGCACAUGGAGCCGGAGGGCCCCUGCAAGUGGGCGGAGUUGGAGAAGAUCGUGUCGGCGGAGGCGGCUGAGGGCCCCCAGGAGGAGCACGUCCGCGCGCUAGGCGCCCCGGAGGGCUUGUCUGGGCUUCUCUGUGGCGCCGCGGCGGCCUGGGUGCCGGGUGGCACUCCCUGCGGCGACCGCGGGCUCUUCUUGCAGCUGCAGGCCCGCCGCGCCUUGAGCUCGCUCCUAGCCGAAGUCCUGGAGAGCGCGUCGGCCGGCGUCCGCGCGCAGUGCGAGGCCGACUUGCUCGCGUGCGAGCCCGGCGCGAGCCGCCUCGUGGAUCUGCUCGUGCGCGGGCGACCGGACCUGGAGACAAACGAGGUCCUGGUGGAACUGCUGUGGCGCGGCCUGCACGGCCUGCGGCGCGCGGGCGACCAGGCGGGCGAGACCCCCGCGGUGAACUGGCUGAGAGGCGCCAUCGGAGCCGAGUCGUGCCAGAAGCUGGAGAGGGUGUCAAACCAGCAGUUGAACGAGUGGGUCACCGACAUAGCCUUGCAGCUGAGCCAGCGCGGGCAUUCGGCUCAGGGAAGGCACGAGGUCGCGCCCAUGCCAGAAUGCGCGCUCGCCUGGGGCGGCCUCGAGCUGGCAAGGUGCAAGGUCACGUUCACGGCCCGCGGCCUUCUUGUCGACUCGGACAACGCGGGCUUCGAGGUGCCCUGGGCCUGGGUGUCGGAGCCGCGGGCAGCGGCGGAGCGGGGCAUGCCCUUACUCCUGCGGGCCGACCCGGCGGAGCUGCGCAAGCUCGGCGUCCUCGCCGAGGUCGCCGCCGAGCUCGUGGUGCAGGAGGCGGUGGAGAUGAGGGUGGCGUCUGACGCAGCGGACGUCGCGGAGGCGCUCGAGAGCGUCCGCCGACUGCUGGCGGCGGACAAGCGGCCCGCUGAGGGGUCCGGCAGCCUGGUGGCCGCCAAGAGGCCCCGCCAGGAGGCACAGGAGCCGCCGCCGGCCGAGGAGGCACAGGAGGCACAGGAUCCGCCGGAGGAUGAGGAGCCGGCCGGGGUGGCCGAGGAGCCGGCCGAGCAGCCGCCGCUGGCGGCGGACAAGCGGCCCGCUGAGGGGUCCGGCAGCCUGGUGGCCGCCAAGAGGCCCCGCCAGGAGGCACAGGAGCCGCCGCCGGCCGAGGAGGCGCAGGAGGCACAGGAGCCGCCGGAGGAUGAGGAGCCGGCCGGGGUGGCCGAGGAGCCGGCCGAGCAGCCGCCGCUGGCGGCGGACAAGCGGCCCGCUGAGGGGUCCGGCAGCCUGGUGGCCGCCAAGAGGCCCCGCCAGGAGGCACAGGAGCCGCCGCCGGCCGAGGAGGCACAGGAGGCGCAGGAGCCGCCGGAGGAUGAGGAGCCGGCCGUGGUGGCCGAGGAGCCGGCCGAGCAGCCGCCGCUGGAGGAGGAUCCGGCCGAGGAGGCACAGGUCGAGGCGGCAGCCCCAGCCGAGGGGGCGGCGCCAGUCGCUGGCGACGGGGACGACGAGGACGGAGGAUGCGCGCGGGAGUACAGACAGCGGUUCGACUACGACAUCGAUGUUGCGCGGGAGCUGCUGCAGAGGAUCCCGCAGAUGCUCGACCUACGGCCUGGGCCUUGGGGACCCGUGGCAGAUUUCGCGGGCAGAGUGGGCAUCGUCGGCCUGAUGGGCGCCAUGGGCGCGGCGUGCCGGCUGGAGAUCACCGGGCUCCAGGGCAACGAUGACGAGAUCUGGGAGGUCGAAAACGGGUGCGGCGACAGCGGCAGCGUCAGCGCCUCCGGAUACUUCGUCCAGAACCUGGCCGGCUCGUUCUUCAUUGCGCUCCUGGGGCAGCGGGGCUGGCACAUCCGCGGGUCGCCGGGCGCCCCUGGCGGGGUGGCCGCGGUGGUGCGCACGCCCUUCUUCGGGGGCCCUCCGCCGUGGCGAGUGGAUAUCGCGGGGGACAAGGCUGGACUGGUGAUCGCCGUGGGCGGCGGCGGGGCCGCGGCCUCGCCGGCCGCGCGCGUGCGGGACUCCCUGGGCCUCGGCUGGUCCAGCGGCUUCUGCGGCUCGCUGACGACCUUCGCGACCUGGAUGCAGUACACGGCCGUGCUGCUGGCUGGUGGACACACCAACCUCGCGUGGGCCACCUUGGUCGGCAUGCACUGCACAGCCCUCUGCGCCCACAAGAUGGGGCAACUUUUAUCCAGUUGUGCUGCCACGCGCUCCGAGGAGCGGAACCGGACCGACGAGCGGGCUGCAGCUCGGACGACGAGGAGAGCAGCAGCAGCGAAGAGGACGGCGCCUCCAGCGACGACCCCGCCGCCGCGCAGGGCCCCACGUCGGCCUCGGCGCCAGGAGCCAUCACCGCCAGGUACAGCUUCGGCCAGGCGAGGAGGCGCGAUGUGCCUCGCGGCUCUUCUGGCCGGCGCUCGCGGUGGUGGUCGCGGCGCUCACCGUCGUGAGGUUCUGCACAGCUAUCGCCAACGACGAAAAGGCCAUGAGAUUGCUGGUAGCUGGCCUUCCUAG